AGCACCAAAUUAACCUGUUACUCUUUUAUUUUAAAGCCAUAGCUAGAUAUCCAUCCACAAAAACCACACUUCAAAAUUCCCUACCAUGUCUCUUACAUCACUUCCAACUUUUCCAUCUCUAAAGACACACCAUUCACUUCAACAAAAUUUACCUACUAUUACACCUUCAAAAUUUGGUACAAAUUUGGUUUAUGGUGAUGCAUUAGUCAUUGUGGCAGCAACAGAAGCAGUUGCAUUAGCCAAUGAUGCUGUGAAUGCAGCUAGAAAUGCUGCAGCUGCUGGAAUAGGAAUUGAUGAUAUGAGGAGGAAGAGAAGGAGAAAAAGAAGAAAAAAUUUGGGUUGUAUGGUAGAAGAAGAGAAUAUUCAGAACAAUUUUUUGAGGCAGAAGGUGGUUGUAGGGUCUGUGACAUCAGGGUUUUUGAGUUCAACAGAUGAGGCUGAGCUUUGUUUAUGUCUCAAGGAGGGGGCAAAGAUUGAAGUUGCUAAGCAAAGAAUGACAGAACAAGAAGGGAAUUCUGCUAUUUCAAGGUUCACUCUUGAGAAUACAAGUGUAGAUAAAGUGUUGAUUAAUACGAGAAAGUCAAAAGAAAGAUUAGCUCGCGAUUAUCGCGGUUUAGUUGCAUCAAUCGCAGCGCAUUAUCAAGGCAAAGGCUUAAGCAUUCAAGAUCUCAUUCAGGAAGGAACCAUUGGACUUCUUCAUGGAGCAGAGAAAUUUGAUCCAAAUAGAGGAUGUAAGUUGUCUACAUAUGUUUACUGGUGGAUCAAACAAGGAAUCAUUAAAGCUUUGGCGAAGAAGUCUAGAUUAAUCAGAUUACCGGGAGAAAAGUAUGGAAUGGUUGCAAAAAUCGCAGAGGCUAACAAUGUCUUAAGACGAAGACUAAGGCGGAAGCCGACAUAUAAUGAAAUUGCUGAGGUUCUCAAUGUGAAUGUUUCAACUGUAAAACUUGUUUCUGAAAGGAGCAGACAACCAAUUUCAUUGGACAGAUCUAUAACCGAUCAGAGCAACUUAAUACUGAAGGAGAUUAUACCAGGACCAGUCGAAAUGAUUCCAGAGAAGAUGGUUGAGAGGCAGCUAAUGAAGCAAGGGGUUGUGAAGCUUCUUAACACACUUGACAAAAGAGAAGAAGAGAUUGUAAGAUUAUACUUUGGACUCAAUGGAGAGACCCCUUUGUCUUUUGAGGAGAUAGGAAAGCUGUUGAAACUAUCAAGAGAGAGGAUCAGACAGAUUCAUGGUAUUGCAUUGUCAAAAUUGGAACAAAAUACCCUUGUAGAUAGUCUAAAGUUUUAUGUUGUAUAGAAAAAAUGUUUUUCUGAUUAAGAUUUAUGAAUAGGAACAUAAAGCAAAAUAUAGGAUAUGUCCAUAAUGUAUCAAUCAGUGGUAAGAGCAAAUCUCAAAUGACACAGUUGUAAAAUGACAAUCAGUACUACAGUUAUUAAUAGUAA